AAGAAUCAAUCUUUGGGAAAUUCGUCAAUGGAGCCCGACGUGGUGGAGAUCGCUCCUCCUCCGAUCGUUUCGGGUUCGAGAACUCGAAAACCCAGAAAGGUCGGACUUCCUGAAGUGAUUGAUGUCGAGCAAUAUGAGUUCCGCAACAAUGCUGUCAAUAAGAAGAACAAAGGGAAGGCUGUUCAAGUGAGCCCUGUGAAUGACCACAACCCAUUCAGUGUUGAUGGCUAUUAUAAACAUUUGGCUAAUGAUGUGAUUGAGAUUGACGACCUCUCGAUGUUUCAUGCCGUUCUAGAGUCUACGAACGCCCCGACUGAUGUAGAAGUGCUGAUGUCUAGUCAACCUUGGGGUUCGAACUCGAGCAGCAAAGGAACCGCGAAGUCAAGCAGAAGCAGCAGCUUCGGAAACCAGCCGACGAAACCUGACUGGAACACUACUUCUAUGGCGGCAGCUCCUGCUCAGUCGUGGGAUUUUUUCUCCGGUUUGGCUGUCCCUGAGAACAGUCAGAACAUGUAUCCUUCUGCGACGUUUUCCGCCUCUGUGGUUCAACCUCAGACUCCUACUAACAUAGUGAUGGUGCCGUGUCCUCCUUCAAGACCUUUUAGAUAUGAUGCUUCUGCGAGCUCCUCUCGCCCUGUAGCGGCGGCUGAAGCUGUUGUAUCUUCAGCUCAGGUUAAUUUUCUGAAGGGCUUUAAAAGGUUUGACACUGUUGACGAUUUCCCAGAUCAUCACUAUGCUUCCAAGGGGAAAACUUCAAAGCAGCACUCAAAGACUUGGGUGAAAAAAGUUCAAGCAGAUUGGCAGAUUCUUGAGAAUGAUUUGCCAGAGACGAUAUUUGUUAGAGUCUGUGAAUCAAGAAUGGAUCUUUUGAGAGCUGUGAUUAUUGGAGCCGAGGGAACUCCUUACCAUGACGGUCUUUUCUUUUUCGACAUCCAGUUCCCAGAUAAUUAUCCUUCAGUCCCACCGAAAGUUCAUUACCAUGCGGGUGGGCUUAGAAUCAACCCGAAUCUGUACAAUUGUGGUAAAGUAUGCUUGAGUCUUCUCGGUACAUGGACUGGUAACGCGAGGGAGAACUGGCUCCCAAAGGAGUCCACAAUGUUACAGGUUCUUGUCUCAAUCCAAGCACUCAUCUUGAACCAGAAGCCAUACUUCAACGAACCAGGCUACGUGCGGUUCAAGGGGACUAAAUCAGGCGAGUCUCAUUCUAAAGCUUACAGUGAGAACGUCUUCUUGUUGUCGUUAAAGACGAUGGUUUACAGCAUGAGAAAUCCACCCAAGCCCUUUGAAGAGUUUGUUCGUAGCCAUUACUUUGUGCGGGCUCACGACAUAGUGAAAGCGGGCAAUGCUUAUAGAGACGGAGCUCCUGUCGGAUCGAUGGUGAAAGGUGUCCAAGACAUUGAAGAAACGAGCGAGAGCGGAUCCAAGAAGUUUAGGACGGAUGUGGUUAGCUUUCUGAAGCCAGUGGUGGAGGAAUUCGUUAAGUUAGGAGUCAAGGAGCUUGAAGAGAUGCUAAAACCACCGCCUGAGACCAAUGCUGUCGCAGAGGGUAGUAAAGCAAGUCGUAAGAGAAGCAGAUCAUCGAGGUGA